UCGGGAAGUGGGGAGGAUCCGGUUUGGUUAAAUCGAGUUUACAUUUGAUUCCGAGAAUAGGCCGGGCGGACAUGGCGGUGUGUGGGGUUCAUGUGGAUUCGGACGCGUUCCUCGUCUGUUUAAAUCACGCUUUGUCCACGGAGAAAGAGGAAGUGAUGGGACUCUGUAUUGGAGAGGUUGACACAAGCAGAAUUGUUCAUAUUCAUUCUGUCAUUAUUCUUCGCCGCUCGGACAAGCGCAAGGAUCGGGUGGAAAUUUCUCCAGAGCAACUUUCUGCAGCCUCUACUGAAGCUGAGAGGUUAGCUGAAAUGACUGGUCGCCCAAUGAGAGUGGUGGGAUGGUAUCAUUCCCACCCUCAUAUCACCGUAUGGCCUUCACAUGUGGAUGUCCGUACUCAGGCCAUGUACCAGAUGAUGGACCAGGGCUUCGUGGGGCUGAUCUUCUCCUGUUUCAUUGAGGACAAGAACACCAAGACUGGCCGAGUUCUCUAUACCUGUUUCCAGUCAAUUCAGGCACAGAAAGGUUCUGAAUAUGAACGCAUAGAAAUCCCUAUCCACGUGGUGCCCCAUGAAACUAUUGGUAAAGUGUGCCUGGAGUCUGCUGUGGAACUUCCAAAAAUUCUUUGUCAAGAGGAGCAGGAUGCUUACAGAAGAAUUCACAGCCUGACACACCUGGACCCUAUAACCAAGAUUCACAAUGGAUCAGUUUUCACAAAGAAUCUAUGUAGCCAGAUGUCAUCCAUUAGUGGUCCUCUGCUACAGUGGCUGGAGGAUCGCCUAGAUCAGAACAAACAGCAUAUUCUGGAACUUCAGCGGGAAAAGGAACAGCUCCUCCAGGAACUAGUGGCCUUAAAGUGAAAGGAAUUGUAGGAACUGUUGGAAGAGGGACAGGAAAUUGCCCACAAAUUAUUCUUCUGUUACUGAUGAGCAAGGAAGCUGUUGGACUGCAACCAAGAUGUGUAGCAAAGCUUUAAUGUCAUGUUUAAGACCCCAUUCCUUUUAUUGCCCUUCGUCUUACCUGCUUAUCAACCCAGUCCAAUGCCCAAACAAAUGGAAGCAGACACAUUACAGCUUUGGUUGGCUUUUGUGUCAAAGGGGGAUUGUUCCAGUCAUUACUGGACCUAGGUGUCCACAUUUCAGGGGUCCAGCACUGGAAUUGAUGGCUCUAUUUACGUGAAGUUGUUGCAUAGACAAGUUUUCUAUCAAUGUUUUAAUUAAUAAUUUUUUCAGUUGCACAAUGUGGUGGUAGAAGUUGGUUUAAUCAAUAUUAUUUCUCAAAACCAGGAAAAAAUUUGUUGACUAUGUGAUAAAUUUGUCAACAAAACAAUGGCUGCUUGUGUUUUUAUUUGUGACCUGCAUAUCGGACAGCUGUUAGCCAACAGAUGCUCUGAUUUUUCUUAUGCAUGCCAGAUGUUGGAACAUUUUAGAACUGGCGGAUAUUGGAGAACAAAUCUUUCAAUGCCACAAGACUUCAGAUAUAUCGAAAGAGGUUAGACAGUUUAUUUCUCACAGUUCUCACUGUGAAUGGAUUUAGUGAGUAAAGUGGAGAAAAUUCUGUGCAUAAACAAUUUUCUUCUCAACUCCAGAUAUAUUUCGGAUGCUUUGAGAGCUGGAGCAGAGUGUUAGCACAUCACCAAUCUGCAUUAUAUUGACUAAUUCAACAUUUUGGACCCUUUCUUUGACAUCUGAGUGGAUCAUUAACUUAGGCAAACAGCAUAUCCUGGAACUUCAACAAGAGAAGGACCAGCUUUUUCAGCAGCUCUAAAAGAAAGUAAUUACAGGAGCUAUGGGAAAAGGGACAGGGAAUUUGCACGUGGACUAUUCUUCUGUCACUGGUGAGAUGGGAAACCAUUGCCCUGCCACAAAGCUACAUAGCUUGGCUUAAUUGAAUACAUGUGACAGACCCACUUUGCAAUCUAUUAUGUUGUCUAUCUAGUGCUUAAACAACCUUGAGUGUGCCUUUUAUUUCUUAGUCUAAGGCAUAGUUUGAAUUACCACUUUCAUUUAGUUUUGUUUUUUGGUAUCCAAGCUAUAUCUGAAUACAUUUAGUUUUUAAUGUGCAUUUGGUGAACUAUUAGACUGGUACAGUAAACAAUUCAGUCUGAAAUGCACUGAGAUUCUCCAUAGGGUUUGAAUUAAUACAUUGGAUAAAUAGUUCAACCAUAUCCCACAAUGACUGGUGCUGCACUUGCCAAACUGUAGUUUCCAUGGAUAAUAAAAGUUUUGGCUUGCUUACUAUAACUGCACUAACUGCCCAUUUGUGACUUCUGGUAAACUAUAGUGACCUCUGAAAAUAAACCAAAGCAGUCUAGUAGACUUCAGCCUAGAUAUGCACUGAUGUGGGUAUGGGUUAAAUUGGAUAUUUGUAUUUAAAAUGUAAUUUGUAAUUAAAAAGUAUUAAGAAUAAAAUCUGUUUUCUACUAAUCUGAA